AUGGAUAUACUCCUUCCAUAGACACAAGGUGAAUUAGUAUACAUUUAUAUUUCUGCUCGUAAUCUUCGAAAUUUAGAUCAUUCGAAUAUAUUAGAUUUCAGAUGUCGAGUAUACCUUAAGGAUGAUUUCAUAGGAGAAACAGAAGUCUCUAAAUCUACACUUGAUCCUGAUUUCAAAUAGCCUAUUCCAAUUAUGUAUAAGUUUAACAAAAAAUAAAAACUGAUUUUCCAAAUUGUAGAUGCUGAUUAAGAAUUGUCUAAUCAAUUAAUAACUUAAUCAAAUUAAGCAGCUCUUGUUGGAUCAUGUAAAUAACCUCUAGCUAAACUAAUGGGUGCUAGAAAUUCAUUGAGUUAACUCAAUCUAAUGAAGGGUGAUGAAAUUGUUGGAAAUAUCAUUAUUCAUGUAAGCAAAAAAGGACCUUAAGUUAUUGGAUAGAAUUAAUAAGGAUCCAAAGUUACUGAAAUAAAAUGGCGUUGGGCUGGUAUAAAACAAAUUUAAUUAUAAUAGGUGUCAAAUUGCUUGACUUAGAUUUUUUCACUAAAUCAGAUCCAUUUGCUAAAUUUUAUUCAGUCAAUGGUGAUUAAAUUGAUUUGAUCCAUUAAACUGAAAUCAUAAAAAAUAAUUUGAAUCCUAAUUGGAUGGGAUGGGAAACUACUGAAGAAUAAGCAUUUAAGAAUUCUAAGAAACUAUUUGUAGAAAUUAUGGAUUAUGAUAAGUUAGGAUCUCAAUAGGUUAAAAUAUAUAUUACAAUUAGAUUGGACAUGUAACAAUUGAUUAUAAUGAAAUUAAAAAUGAUAAAAGAACAGAAUUUCCGUUAUUAACUCCCUAAGGAAAAAAUGCUGGUACAUUAAAAAUAUUAGAAUUAACAAUUAUUGAACCACCUAUUUAGGCUACAGAAAUAGUAUAAGAAGAACCAAAAGAUCCUACAUUUCUAGACUAUCUAAUGGGUGGAUGGCAAAUGUCAUUAUCAAUAGGUAUUGAUUUUACAUUUUCAAAUUAACCUAUUACUAAACCUGAUUCACUACAUAAAAUUGAUCCAAAUAAACUAAAUUAUUAUUAAUAAGCAAUCAAAGUGAUUGGAGGAGAGAUUGUUGCAUUUGAUUAUGAUAAAGAAGUACCAGUUUAUGGAUUUGGAGGAACACCAAAAUUACCUACUUAUACAAAAAAUACAAUGGAUGAUUGUUUUCCUUUGAAUGGAAAUAAAGAUAGUCCAAGUUGUUAGGAUAUUAAAGGAAUUUUAGAUGCAUAUGUCAAUGCAGUUCCAUAAAUUGUUUUUUCAGGACCUACAUUUAUUGCAAAUGUAUUGAGUAAAGCACACUUAUUUGCAGUAGAAAAUGCUAAAAAGAAUAUAUAUACAGUAGCUAUAAUUCUAACUGAUGGAUAAAUUGAAGAUCAGUAAUUUAUCUAUAUGAUUAUUUAGAGAUGAUGCUAUAAAAGUAUUAUUACAAUGUCAGAAUUUACCAAUGUCUAUUGUCAUUAUUGGAGUUGGAGAUGAAAACUUUAAAUAUAUGAAAUAAUUUGAUGAUCCUAAAUUCCUUAAGAAACAUGCUAAAGAAAAUCAAAUAGUUAGAGAUAUCAUUCAAUUUGUUUCAUAUUAAGAUUUUAAGAAUGACAUUGAAUAAAUGAGUUCUGCAGUCUUGGAUCAAUUACCAAAAUAAUUCAUGGAUUACAUGCAUAUCAAUAACAUUUAACCUGUUAAAAUGUCAUCAGUACACAUUAGUAAAGCUAUGUGA